AUGGGUGAGACAGUUUCCAGGUUUGGCUCCCUGGACAGUGAGAGCAAAUCUAUCCUGUCCCAGGACCCAAGUGUUCGGAGUGAAGCCUCCAGCUAUUCUAGCAUCGAUGGCAGCCAGCCUAUACUGUCCUGUGUGCCUUGUACAGGCUCAGGCUUUGUGACUUGCCCCACCUGUCAGGGGACAGGGGAGAUCCCAAGCGAGUUGGAAAAGCAGCUGGUGGCACUCAUUCCCUACGGGGACCAGAGGCUGAAACCCAGGAGAACGAAGCUCUAUGUUUCCCUGGCUGUGAUGAUCUGCCUGUUCUCGUCAGCCCUCAUCUUCUUCUUUCUGUUCCCUCGCUCCAUCCUGGUCCAGCCUGCUGGGCUCAACUCUUCUGUCGUGGCCUUUGUGGAUGACAUCAUCUUGCUCAACACGACGAACGUCCUCAACAUUACCAACAACAACUACUACCCUAUCACUGUGACCCAGCUCAACAUCGAGGUCCUCCACUUGUCACUCGUUGUGGGGCAGAUUGAAGUGAGCCACCUUUUGCACAUUGGCCCUUUGGACAGUGAACAGAUGUUCUUUGCAGUAACCAGCAAGAUAUCUGAUGAAAACACAUAUAACAUCUGUAGCUGGUUGAAAAUCAAAGUCCAUAAUGUACUUCUGCACAUACAGGGCACCCUGACCUGCUCCUACCUGAGCCACACAGAACAGCUGGCCUUCCAAAGCUACAACUACGUUGAUUGUCGGGGAAACAAGUCAUUCCCUCACCCGCCGUGAUGUUGCCCGCUGCCCGCCAUAGCUCCCUGAUCUCCUGUCUUCCUGUUAUUGCCUUCCGCUGCCAAAGGACUGGAUUCUAUUAUUUUUUUUGCCCAUAAAUGAAGAACCUAGCUUUGUUCUUCCUUCCCUAGCCCCUGGAGGCGGUGCCAGAAGCCGCUAACUGUGAUUCUCACCCAUCUCAAGGACCUUUCACCAGACAAGAGUCCCUAGAAGAGGCUGGCCUCAGGGACUCUCCAAAUCGGGGCCUGUCCUGGUGGCAACUCCUCAUCCUACCCAGCCACAGUAAAAGAGGUUUUCUGUCUUUCACACACUUGCAUUUUUCUUUAAACCAAAAUUCUUACAUUAAGAGGAUAUCACACAGUAAUGGUUAGAUUUCUCCUUAACUACAUGUAGACAGGGCUGUGGUUUGAUGCAAUUUUUUUUUUUUAAGCAUGUGCACUUUCAGUUUGCUCCUUCCCUUCUGAGUGGAAGGAAGGACUUUGCGUCCACUGUACCUCAGACCGCGCAGAAUGAAGGAGCCCUUCUUGUUUGUGGUGGAAUCAUGUGCCUAUUAAGAAAUCCUUUGUAAUGGAUUCUUGGGAAAAUCUAGUUGGGCAUCUGUAGUUUCAUUGGGCCUGUGCCUGCUAGAUUGCCUUGUUGGAGACCCCAAGAAUUACUGUUAACCUGUGUCCCUGUGGUUGAACCCCUGAGCACUGAAUCAUGUGAGAGGAUUAGAGGGCGCAGCCACGAAGACCUGUCUCUUCCUAGUACUUUGUACUCUGCCAUCAAAGGGGGAGAGAUGGAAGUCCAAACGGCCAGCCUGCUCCUCGCUGCCCAGGAUCUACUUCAACUGAUACCCCUCCUUUCCCCUGCUUUGGAAAAAUUAGCCUCAUUCACUCCCUCGAAAGCAGGUGAUAAAAAAAAAGCCAGUCAGGAAGCCCCUCCCCAGAUCUCUCCAAAGUACAGGAAAGACACGGCCUUCACAGCUCUGGAACUAAUGCUGAAGCCACUUUCAAAAGCCAUUAUGAAAGGGAGGCCUCCUCAAUGAGGACAAGCAAGCAGGCAGGUCCGUGGGCUCCUUGGUGGCUUUCCCUUUGUUCUGUUUGAGGCCUAACCUCAGAGGGAGAAGGUGGGAGUUUGCACUAACUAGCCUUGGUCUGUCUGCUGCACCUGCCAAAGAGAGAAAGGAGAUCUGGGGGGAUGAGGGAUCCCUCUUUUCCUAGCACUUCAAAAUGGAUUUGUGGGAGACCAUGAGGCUGGCCUGAAGGAGUUGUUGAAGAUAGGCCCUCCCUAUUUGGGGCUCCCUUCUGGGAUCAGCUUUUCCAGAGGCUUUUUGACAUAAAGUGGGGGGCCAAGGGAGCACGGGAGGAUGGACUUUUCUCCUUUCUGUUGUGAAGGCAGAACUAAACCUAAAAUAAACUCCC